AUGUUCCUUCAAUUUCUUCUCUAUGCUUCAAUAGGCAGUGUGGCAUCAAGUACAACACUUAAGCCACGUUUGGACAAUGGCCUUGCUUUGACACCACAAAUGGGAUGGAAUACAUACAAUCACUACUCAUGCUCCCCGAAUGAAACUAUUGUCCACUCUAAUGCUCAGGCAUUGGUAGAUCUAGGAUUGUCUUCACUUGGAUAUCGAUAUGUCACGACAGACUGUGGCUGGACAGUCGCGGACCGACUGCCCGACGGAUCUUUGACAUGGAAUGAUACCUUAUUUUCCCAGGGCUUUCCAGCUAUGGGCGAAUAUCUCCAUGACUUGGGUCUUCUUUUUGGCGUAUAUCAGGACUCUGGGAUUCUGCUAUGCGGAAGCCCGCCAGACCAAGCUGGCAGCCUGUACCACGAAGCGCAAGAUGCAAAGACAUUUGCAUCGUGGAAUGUUGACUCCCUCAAAUAUGACAACUGCUACUCUGACGCUGCAACGGACUACCCCAACGUUAACUACGCACCUAGCACCUCUCCAGAGCCCAGGUUCGCCAACAUGUCCCACGCUCUGUUGCAACAGAACCGAACUAUUUUAUUUCAGAUUUGUGAAUGGGGCAUCAGUUUCCCCGCGGGCUGGGCACCUUCUAUCGGUCACUCUUGGCGCAUUGGAAACGACAUCAUCCCUGACUGGCGGACCAUCUUCCGGACUAUAAACCAGGCAGCUCCACAAACAGACUUUGCUAGCCCAGGCCAAUGGCCGGACCUUGACAUGCUGGAGGUGGGUAACAACAUAUUCUCCCUUCCGGAAGAGGAGACGCACUUUUCUCUCUGGGCGAUUCUCAAGAGUCCAUUGAUUAUCGGCGCCGCCCUGAAGGACGAAGUCACCGCUAUCAAUGAUGCGUCACUGGAAGUUCUGAAACAAACCGAUGUUAUCUCAUUUAAUCAGGAUUCACUGGGCAAGAGCGCGAGCCUGCGCCGACGCUGGACCGAGGAGGGCUACGAGGUAUGGAGCGGACCGUUAUACGAUGAUCGCACUGUGGCCGCCGUCAUCAACUGGCGUAACGAGAGUAGGGAUUUGACCUUGGAUCUGCCAGAUAUUGGACUCCAGUAUGCAGGAAUUGUGAAGAACAUUUGGGACGAAAGUACCGCGCAGGAUGUGCGUACUUCCUACACAGCGACGGUAGCCGGUCAUGGCACAAUGCUGUUAGAAUUACAGAAUACUACCGAGGCUGGUGUAUAUACAAAAGCCAUAUUCGGGACAUCGUCUGGGUAUGUUUAUUUUUAG